AUGCAUUCAGGUGGUUGCGGAAAUGAGCUGAGAAGUGAAAACAUCAUACUAGACGGCAAUAUGGGGACCGAAACCGAUACAUAUGCCAGUUCCGUUACAAAUUCUUCAUCCAUGGCCAAUUCUGCUGUCCAAAUGCAGGGAUUAACAGAUUCUGGUGAUAUAUCUGCUGUCGACGAAGUAAGCGGUGAAAGUGAAUCGGCAAGAGAUGUUGUUCGUUGCCUGUUACCGCAUGUUAAUCUACCGGAAAAUCUUUGUGAGCAAGAUUUAUAUCGCAUUAUUCAAAAGAUUUUAUACAGUGAACGACCUAAACGCACAAAAUUAUCAGAAUUCAAUUCAUUUGAUGAUGCAGUUGAACUUUUUAAAAGGUGUAGCCGCAUCCUGGUGUUGACUGGCGCUGGCGUUUCUGUAUCCUGUGGUAUACCAGAUUUCCGGAGUAGAAAUGGUGUAUACGCGCGGCUUCACGUAGAGUAUCCUGAUCUUCCUGAUCCAACUGCUAUGUUUGAUAUCAAUUACUUCAGUAAAAAUCCGAAACCAUUUUUCGAAUUUGCGAGGGAAUUAUUCCCCGGUCGCUAUGAAGCUUCGAUGUGCCAUUACUUCAUCAAGGCACUCGAAGACAGUGGGAAACUGCUGAGGAAUUACACUCAAAAUAUUGAUACUUUGGAGCAAGUAGCUGGAAUCAAGCGCAUUGUACAGUGUCAUGGAUCGUUUGCAACUGCCACUUGUCGGAACUGUGGUUUAAAAGUCGAUAGCGAAGCAAUUCGAGAAGACAUUGAUUCAGGGCGUGUUGCUAUGUGUCGUGUGUGUAGUCAUCCAGAAGGAGUCAUGAAACCUGACAUAGUUUUUUUCGGUGAAGAUCUCUCGGAUGAUUUCCAUGAAAAAAUGGCUGAGGACAGAGAAAUGGUGGAUUUGGUUGUAGUUAUCGGUUCAUCUUUGAAAGUGCAACCAGUUGCACUUUUGCCUUACAAUAUUAAUCCUGAAGUUCCACAGAUACUUAUCAAUCGUGAAUCUUUACCUCAUUAUGCUACUGAUAUUGAAUUGCUGGGUAAUUGCGAUGACAUUGUGGCUCAAUUAGCUUUGGUUUUGGGUCCUCCUUAUACCGAUAUUUUCAGAAAAGGUCGAUUUAAAACAAACUCCAGUGAUCCUGCCGCAAUCGAAGAGAUUUACGAGAAGACAGCUCUUCGAAAGGCCAUUAACGAAAUUCAGUUCAAGAAGUUGCUGGAUCAACCAACAGUUAAGCGAGCACGAUUGAAAGAAGGAAUGCCAUCAAUGUGGGAUGCACGAUAUAUUAGUGUGGGAUCGAAACUUCCUGUUGAUGGUUAUCUUUUUAUAGUACCAAACAAAAAUAUAUUCCCUGGUGCAGAAAUGUAUUACGAUAAAGAUGAUGAUAUAUUUCGUCAGCUUUCGGAACAUUACCACAGUUCAGCUGCAUCAAGCAGCUCGGAUUCAGGAGAAAGUGUAACAAAUCAGGAAGAAAUUUAUUGCAAUGUUGGCGUUAGAACAAUGUCGUUGGAGGAGUCUUCUCCUGCAAGAGCUGGUAGUGAGAGUGAUGAGAGAUCCAGCUCUUGUCCUCCAAAAAUUGAUCUGGAGACUAAAUAUAGUGCUGAAAGCUCAUGCGCAGGAAACAGAUUAAGUGUACGGUUGGAACCUUUUUUACAGACGAUCACUGUUCAAACAAGAGAGGAAACUACACAUGGUUUGAUCAGGACCAGUACUUCAAAUCACUUACUUUUGUAA